CGUACGGUCGAGUCGGUCCAUCGCCACGUGUCAAGCUGGGUCCUGCUCGCACGUUGCGACGCGCGCCAUCUGGUGUUCGCCGAAACGUAGGUACAGAUGACCACCGUGUGUCCCUCUCGGACACGCGCACUGCUCGAGGGCAACCCGUGCCGCGGCGCGCGCACGGGGCCGUCUCGGCACGCUCUGUCCCUCGGUGGCCACGCGCCAUGCUCACGCCCCGCCACAGCAGUCCUCCCCAACCACGUGGGCUCCGCUCGCGCCCACACACCGCCCAGCGUGGCAGCGUCUCCCCCCAAUAGCAAACUCUGGAGUCCUCUCCCUCUCCUGAAUCGUACGCGCGCCCCGAUCGAUAUAAGCGUUCGAGCGCGGACUGUCGUGCACGCAUCGAUCUCCGACCUUGAAUCUCUAUACCCAUAACGACAACGUCGAACACAUGCGCGACGACGGAGCGACGACAAUGCCGCCACGGCCGGCGCCAUCUCGGCCUCCUCCGUGGGAGGCGCUCUCCCUCGUGGCCAACUUCCUUGAUGCCGCGUCCCUUGCCGCGGCUUCCUGCGUCUCCACCUCCUGGCACGCCGCCUUCUCCGACGACCACCUCUGGGCGCGGCUCUGCCGCUGCCAAUACCCCUCCGCCAUCGGCCUCCUCCCCUUGUCCGACAGCAGCGUCAAUGCCGGCGACCGAUGCUCCUCGCCGCACCGCGGCUUCUUCGCGCUGUUCCACUCCGCCGCCUCCCGUGGCCGCUCGCUCCCAGCGCCUCGCCUGUCCCUCGCGGACGUCACAUUCGCCAUCGACCUCUUCGCGGCAGGCGGAAAGAACACGCUCUCGUUCGCCGUCGCUGCGUGCGACGCCGGCGUCAAGAAGGCCACCGGCGGCGUGUUCCAGUUCGCGGUGGACGUGAGUGACCGUAACGCUGUGGCCGGGCCGGGCGAGCACUGGAGCGUGCGGUGGACGGCCGUUCGGACGGGGCUCGGGGUCGCGCCUGCGGCGAUCGUGAUGAUGGACGCCAAGGUGCCGGCAUCGAGGGCCGGAGCGCUCGGCUCUGGCGUGAGGGGGGAGGCUUGGGCCACCGAGGCGCUGCCCGCGCCGGGAUGUGGCGGGGGGAAGCUGGAGGCUGAGGUCGUGGUCGAGGUGAGCGGAGAGGAGAGGCUGGUGGAGAAGGUUAGGCUCGGGGUGUUGUUGGAUUGCAGGUACGUGAGCGUCGACGAGGGGCUACGAUACUUGCAGCAUUUCCUCUUGUAAUGCGUGUAUGUGCUGCGGAAGAGUACUUCGUGAAGAUGGGCUGCUGGCCAUGGUUUUGUUUUAGCUUAUCUGUGUCCAUACGUGUUCGUGUUGUAACCUGCAAUCGUUGGAAACGCAAUUCUUUGGGGACUGCUCAGUCCAUGAUCGAUCA